GCAUCGGGUCCCCAGGCGGGGCGACCGGCAUCGGGCCCCCAGGCGAGCGGGCGGCGGGCAUCGGGCCCCCAGGAGGGGCGACAGGCAUCGGGCCCCCAGGGGGGAGACGGGCGACGGGCCCCCAGGCGGGGCGACAGGCAUCGGGCCCCCAGGCGGGGGCAACAGGCAUCGGGCCCCCAGGCGGGGCAACAGGCAUCGGGCCCCCAGGCGGAGCAGCGGGCGCCUGACCCCCAGGCGGAGCGACAGGUCUCGGGCCCUCAGGCGGAGCGGCGGGCGCCCGACCCCCAGAUGGAGCAACAGGUCUCGGGCCCUCAGGCGGAGCGGCGGGCGCCGGACCCCAGGUGGAGCGACAGGUCUCGGGCCCCCAGGCGGAGCGGCGGGCGCCGGACCCCCAGGUGGAGCGACAGGUCUCGGGCCCUCAGGCGGAGCGGCGGGCGCCGGACCCCAGGAGGAGCGACAGGCCUCGGGCCCUCAGGCGGAGCGGCGGGUGCCGGGCCC